AUGUCAUCCCACUCUUUGAGUACGACCGUAUCAGUAAACGAUGAUACAAUUUCCCAAAGCUCCGAGAAACUGUCCACUUCUCCAUCUUUGUCUCCUCCAUUAGCCGUUCAGCCAUCUGUCUCUCCUAGUUCCGACCAAUCAUCAUCAUCUAAUUCUCCUCCGGCCAUCAUCAUAUUGCCUUCUGACUCUAUUACCGAGGCAGCUCCCGCCACUAUAGCCACUGAAGAAACACCCGAGACUCCAGCUCCAUCCUUUCCUCCGGCCAUUACAAUAUCACCCCCGGUUUCUAUUAUUGAGGCAGCACUCGCUACUAUAGCUGUUGAAGCAGAGGUAUCUGAGACUCCAGCUCCACCCUUGAAUCUAUGGAAAGAAGCAUUCGAAAUUGUCAACGAUGGAACAAAACGCUGGAUCCAAGAGCAUGGACUCAACUCGACGGAGCAGUCGCAACCAGACGGUCAAAUAACAGAACUCAUUACUCUUCUCAAGAGCAAAACUCUCGCCGAAGACAACGAUACGCCUUCCAAGAUCGUAAUCGGUGACCGCAGAAUCGUUUUACGCGAGCAUGUCAACGAAGUCGUCUCCCUUCUCACCAUGGCCGGCGAUAUUGCAAUGAAUUUUGCGCCGCCGCAGGCCAGUGCGCCUUGGGCUAUCGGAAAGGCAUUUCUGAAAAUUCCAGUCAAACAUGUCGACCAGAAGCUAGCCCUUACCGGGACAAUUCGUUGGUUUACACGCAUUGUCCACAGAGGUCAGAUAUAUCAGUUGCGCUACACUGCGAUAAAUACGGAUGAGCAAAUAGUGUCCAGCCUACACGAUGCCCUCCGAGAUUUAUAUGUCGCAGCAAUAGAGCUGUUAGCCCGUUCUGAUAUUGUAUUCAGAAGUGGAAGUUUGAAACAAGCAUUCAGUGCCAUUGUUCGGCCUGAUGAGGCUACAAACCUUGUUUCCGAACUAUUAAAGAAAGAGCAAAAAGUUGUGCUGGAAGCGGAGGCCUGUGAAGCUUGGUGCAGUGCCAAAACAGAUGCGAAACUGUUUCAAAGAACACAGUACAUGCUGGAGAAGCUUGAUGAAAUGUCGGCCCCACUGAGACGAGCUGAUGAGGGCUUAAUCAAGUUGUUCAGGCAGAUUGAUCAAGGCCAACUGGACGAACUGAUGGACUAUAUUAGCUCAGAGGAAUAUGGCAAAAGCCACUCCGAGUUUAGUGAGUCAAGAGUAGAAGGUACUGGUGACUGGUUAAUAAGUCACCAAUGCUUUCGCCAAUGGCAAGCAAGCCGACAUAAAUCAGUGCUUUACCUCAAAGGAAAUGUCGGCACGGGCAAAACAUUCCUUACCUCACGAGUCAUUGAUCACCUAAAGGAAACUUUACAUGCAUCGCUUGGAGAUGAAGGAUUUGCGUUCUUUUACUGCAACCGAUCUACACCCUUGACGCGAGACCCCCUCGUCGUUCUUAGAAGCUUUGUUCGCCAGCUGGCUGACGGGGAAUACUUCGACGAGGUCCCAAAAAGCCUCAAUCAGGCAUAUGAGAAGGCGAAAAAGGAAAAAAGAGGAUUAAGUUAUAAAGAAUGCGAAAUACUGAUUUUGGACUUGCUUAGCCUCUAUCCAAGGACUACUAUAGUCCUUGAUGCUUUGGAUGAGUCUGAUACUGAGAAGUAUAUUCUAGCUAAUACUCUUGUUGAACUAAUAAGAAAGGCGAAAGACCCAGUCAGACUCUUUGUAUCCAGUCGCCCAGACCGGGAAUACUUAAGAGCAUUUGAGGGAAUGCGGAUAAUAACGAUUAAUAGCGACGAUCAACAGAUUGAUAUUGGGAAAUAUCUUAAUGCAAAGCUCUAUUCUACACCCUCAUUUCAGAGUCACCCGACAGAAAUCCAAGAAAUGAUCAGGGCAGCUUUUACAUCUCGAAAGUGCGGGAUGUUCCGAUGGGUCCAUCUACAGGUCAAACAAGUGAAUAAGCUCGUAUCGAACGAUGCGGUCAAAUUGUGGGCCAAGACAGUUCCUGGCGAUCUAAUGGAGGCAUACGACCAGAUGUGGAACAUUUUGAAAAAGGAUCACGCAUACGACAUGCCCUUGAUUGAGCGCGCUAUCAAGUGGGUGUUGGGCGCUCUAGUACCGUUAGAAACCGAACAGCUGGUGACAGCAAUCCGAUAUACAAUUGAAGGAGAUAAUUUGGUAGAGAAAGAGCGACAAACUCCCAGACGGAUACUAUUGCUUUGCCAAGACUUCUUAACGGUUGAUGCGGAGAAGCAAGUGUGGACAUUGCCACAUGCUUCAGUGGCUGAAUACUUUGAAUCCAGGAGCGAGAUAUUGGGGAACUGUCAUGCGUUCAUCGCCAGCAUACAGCUCAAGAUCCUUAUAGAACCUGAAGAGGACGUUCUUGUUUUAGAACCUCAUAAAGACGACCCCGACUACCCGGAAUUCUGUUCUGAUCACAUACCUUUCAGACAUCAUUUCAUGAAUGCUUGGCCCAUGUAUGUCGAACGAUAUGACCGAUGGUUGGGCGCAACAGAGGGCGCAACCCCGGAUGCACAACUUGUGGCCUCUCUGCGACGAUUUCUUGGCUCACCAGAGCAGCGCAGCACCUACUACAUCAAAUGGUGUAAACGCAGGUCCCCUCCUUGGAAUGGGUUGAACGCCUCUGACAUUUGGUUCCCUCCUUGGGAUGGGUUGAACGCCUCUGACAUUUGUUGGCUCAGCAUGUGCCGCUACGGGCUUUAUUACGUUUUACAAGAUUGGUGGGAGAAUUACGUUAGCAAUAGGCCAGUUGAUCUGACCAAGGUCAGGUAUAGAGGGCUUGCACUUGCGGCACAGGGCGGGUGUAUGGAAGUUUGCAGAUGUUUGUUGAGCACGAUGGAUGAGCUGGAUUCGGUUCAACUUGGGCCCGCAAUUCGAAACGCGAUACACGAAGGUCACAAAGAUUUCUUUUUGCUGUUAGAGAGGCAUGGGAAUUUCCGCAUCGCGAAUUACUUUGAGGAGAAACCAGGUGCCAUUCUGGGGGCAGCCCGCCAUCCCGGCCUGAUCUAUUGGCUUGCGAGCCACAGCCUCUUCAAUUCAGUCUCUGGAAACUCCCUGCUCGAAGCUGCAAGAUUGGGCGAUCUACAAGCAGCCAAGGAUCUGCUCGAGGCUGGAGUGGAUGUGAAUCACCGUCCUCAUCACGCAGAGAAAUUUGGGAGCGCCCUUGCCGCUGCCGUUACUUCGGCUGGCCUAGGCGGGGACUUUGAGCCGGACCGCGUGAAAACCAUACAGCUCCUUCUCGACAACGGCGCAGACCCUAAUCUGCCAUUAUACAGUGGUCAGUCUGGCAGUGCAUUAGAAUCGACGAUUUUCUACUAUUGCAAACCAAGAUCAGACGAGAAAAGGGAUGAAUUUGAAUUCGCACAUCCCAAGGAUGUGCUGGCACUUCUGCUCAAAGCUGGUGCUAAACCCGCCAUGGUGCUCGAUCACGGGAACCAUGGCAGUGCUCUUGCCGCCGCCGCAUAUCGCGGGUUGAAAGACAUGCUGGCCUUGAUGGUGGAAGUCAUUGGGAAGGACUCGGCAAUCGAAUGUCUCCGCCAGAGCAGGCGUCCUGAGCGCACGCGUGCCGUCAGGUUCAGAAAACUGAGGCAAUCCAGACAGGACACAAUAGCAUAUCUCACCGACGAGCUUGGAGUCGACAAGGAAAUUCUCCACAAUAUCGGGUUGUGGCAAGAUAGUCCAGAAGAAGUCGGUACAUUUGAAGGUGAAUUCUUCAAAUAUAGACCAAGCCAGGAAUCUAAAGCCCAGGAACCAGAAAUGGAGGAAUCAAGAAUCCAGGAACCAAAUACCGAGAUAUUUUUCCAAUCGUUAUAUAUAUUUGCAGCCGUUGCAGCCGUGGCAGUCGUGGCAUUCGUGGCACUCUCGUAUGGAAUCUUUGAGCCGCGGAGCCAGGCCCCUUGGGGGAUACCUAUCCUCUCCAAUUACCCCAACCCCAUUGGCUCAUGA